CUCUCUCUCUCUCUCUCUCUCUCUCUCUCUCUCUCUCUCUCUCUCUCUCUCUCUCUCCUGCACUAUAAACACACACACACUGCUGCAGAGAUCAGAGGAGAAAGAGCUGGACUGGUAUCUUUCGUGUAAAAGGUCUGCUGAGGAAUCAUGGGACUGUUUGAGGUCUCAGUUAUCGCUCUUCUUUCAUCGGUCACCAUGACAUUAGCUGAACCCCCCGGAUGUAAGAUUCGGAUCACAGCCCGAGGACUGGAGAUGUUGAAGUCCCAGACGAAGAAGUUUGUUGAAGACGAGAUCAGUAACAUCACGAUGCCAGAGAUGCGCGGCUCGGAGGGACGUUUCCAAUACACCAUUAAAAACGUGAAGAUUACAGAGCUGGACCUGACCUCUGACCUGCGCUUCCACCCUGAUGUCGGGCUCAUCUUUGAAGUGCACAACUCCUCCAUCACGCUCAACUUCCAGAGAAAGAUCUUAUACUGGCUUUUUUAUGAUGAAGGUGCUAUCAACGCCUCGGCAGAAGGUGUCAACAUCUUCACAGCCCUUCAUCUGAGUCGAGACGAGGAGGGACGCCUGAAGAUCGCCAACGCCACCUGUGAGGCGGCCAUCGCUAAGAUGAGAGCCAGGUUUAGCGGCACUCUCGGGAGGGUUUACGACUUCCUUGCCACCUUCUUGACUACAGGAAUGCGCUUCGUUUUAAACAGACAGAUUUGUCCAGCCCUGAAUCACGCGGCACUGGUUUUGGUUAACCAGCUGUUAGAAACCAUUCCCGUGCGUGCGGAGGUGGACAAUUAUGUCGGGAUCGAUUACUCACUGCUGAGUGACCCGGUGGUGACCGGACGCAGUCUUGAUAUGGAUUUUAGGGGCAUGUUUUAUGAUCUUAAGCAUGAGAAUAACACGCUAGUGAACUACGCUGUCAAUCCAGUCGUAAGAGAGUAUGAUCGGAUGAUCUAUCUGGCUCUCUCCGAGUAUUUCUUCGACAGCGGACUCUACGCUUACUACACAGGUGGAUUGUUCCAGAUGCAGAUAGCAAAUGAACGGAUGCCGAAGGAUUUGGAGAUGCUGCUCAGGACAACCUACUUCGGGACCAUCAUGAUGCUGAAUCCGGCUCUGAUGGAUCACCCCAUCUCUCUGGAGUUAGAGGUCACCGGUCCCCCUCGCUCCACCAUCAAGACCUCCGGUGCCAGUGUCUCCGUCAACUCAAACGUCAAAGUUCUGGUCUUGCCUCCGGGAAAAGCAGCAGUUCAGCUCAGCAGCAUGACAAUGGAAGGUAAAUUUAACGCAAAGGUGUCGAUGAAGGGAAAGCGCCUGGCAAUCCAUCUUGAUCUAAGACGAUUCAAAAUCUUCUCCAAUCAAUCUGCUUUGGAAUCAUUGGCUCUGAUUCCACUGCAGGGUCCUCUGAAGACGAUGUUACAGAUAUCUGUGGUUCCUCUCAUUAACAAUUACACUAAGCGUGGUGUGCAGAUUCCUCUUCCAGAUGGCAUUGACUUCAUCGAGGAGGUGGUCGAGUAUCACAAUGGUUACAUCAUCGUAGGAGCCAACCUACAUUUCAGAACAGGACUGCGAGAAUUAAUCGAGAAACGGCUGUCAAGCUCUUCAGACAACUCAAUUUGAGAAGGGAAUAAAUGGCGUGCAAACCUUAACAUCCAUUUCCAUGAAACAUACGGAUAGAUAUAAUAUUAGGACAAUAGAUUAUGAACUAACCUUCCAGAAAAGCAAGAUAUUGGUCAACUUUAACAAGAAUUCAGUCCUCAAGAUUGCAUAUACGGAAAAGACCUGUAUACAACACACGUUACUUUACAUAAGUAAAAUAGUUUUAUAUUGACUUACCGGUUUGGACUGAAACACAUACAUACCGCUGUAAUAUUAAAUGUAUAAACCGUGUAUUUGAUUUUGUACAAGUGUCUAAAAUCACGUUGGGUUGUUGUUCUAUAAAGUUUAAAACACUCUUUGUUGGAAAUCAUUUACCUUGAUACUGGUAACAGUUAAGUUGUAGAUAGUAUGAAUUAACAAUAAAAAUACCAUUAAUAAAACGGUCAGUUCUGGUCCUUGAUUCUGAUU